AUGGAUCCACGCCCAACUCCUCUUCCCACACCACCUCCCUCACCCCAGCCUGGGCCGCAGCCUGGUCCUCAACCUGGUCCACAGCCAGGACCUCAGCCGGGACCGCAGCCAGGGCCACAACCAGGUCCUCAGCCAGGUCCGCAACCAGCACCGCAGCCGCCCCAAUCAGUUCAAACUGCAAACGAGAUCAGUUUCGAUGAAGAUCUCUUGAGCCAGUCUGGUUCCAUCGGUCAGGAUGCAGAGGCACAAGCACCCCUGGGCCCCAACCCACCUCCGCCCACCUCAACCUCUACUCCAACCACGAACCCCAGUCAAAUACUCACUGCAAAGUCUGCCGUGGCAUCCGCAGCCAAAGAGCUACGCUUGAUCCGCAAGAUGUUCGAGCCCGAAAAAGAAGGCGAAGCGUCUUCGAGUCGGACGGUUCCUCCAGAGGAGCAAGGCGGCGGCAGUAGCAGUGGCAGCAACGGGGACCCGUCCACUCUCUGGCGCGAGUUCGAGAAUCUCGAAAUUCACGCCGCCAGAGGGGUGGAAAUGGAGGUCGGGGUGUUGAAGAACCUCCUGAAGCAGUUGGAGAUAUUACUGGAUAAUGCGCGAAGCCAGUUGCUUGAACUAGAGGCGCAGAAAGCACUGUUGGAGACGUUGCUCGCGAUCUCAAAGUAUCGGGGCGAGGUAGAGGAUUCAAGUUCGAAGAAGGGUUAA